AUGACAUCAACAAUCACGUCUAUUAGUGGGCUGGGAACAACCAAACUCCCGUUAAAAGCUAUUCAGCCCACACAAUAUUGGACUUUUGAAAAUGCAUUGGCAUUGAUUAAUGAUUGUCAAGAUCCGUACAUAUCAGAAGCAUUGGACGAAUAUUUGUUACUUAUUAAGGACGUCAUAUUGACUCCAUCACCAUUUUCAGGUGAUAAGUCAACCUCCACGACUAAAAUUGGGAAGGAAGUAUCACUAUAUGGAAUACUAUACACCGACAUCACCCAGCAGAAUAUAAAAGACGGUGAAUUAGUCCAUAAACAUCUCGACUUGGACUUUAAAGAGAUCAUCAGAGUCAUUGAUCAAGUUUGUAAAAGGGUUCCGCCAAAACCAGCACCCAAGUUAAAUUUUAAGAGCAAGUUGAACGAUGACAGGGUAGCACAAUUGGAUACCGAAAGAAUAGGACUCUACAUCUAUAAUAUACUACGAGAGAGGAGAAUAGUAUUGAAAAUUGCCCGAGAGACUCUAGGUAACAAAACCAAUCCGGAUACUUCUUCUGUGAUACGAAAUAUUGGUAAAGAAUUGUUUUUGUCUAAAGACUACAUUGAAAAGUUGAUCAAAUCACUCCGGGGUACUUUAGCCUACAUUAUUAAUGAAUCCUACAAAACAGGCUUAUCAAAGAGUAUUGAUGAAAUUAUUUUCAAUGAGUCGGUGCUAUUUUGUAUUGACUCGUGUAAAGUUUUAAUUGAAAUAUCUGCUCAGAAUCCUUUAGUUACGAAAGAUUUAGUGAAGCAAUGGUUCGAAUUGAUGCAAGAAACAAACUUUUCAGUUGCUUUGGGGCCUAACUUGCAAUAUUCGGAGUCAUUUGAACUAAUCCAAACCUUGUUCACAGUGAUAUCUAUUGAAUUUCUAGAUCUUGACAAUGCAUUCGAUUCUUUGGAUGAUGAUAUUGGUUCAUAUGUAUCUGAUAUAGAUGUGUUUUCAUUCGUCAAUGAUGUCAUAACUAGUGACUACAACAGCAAUGCGGUUAUAAUCUAUAGUUGGAGCGUCAUACUUUUGAGGAAAUCAUAUUUUUACCAAGAGUUCUCCACUCCCUCAAUCGCAAAAUCAUUUGAGACGAAAUUUCCCGUACCGAUCUUAGAUAACCUUGUCAACCAAUGCAAUAGUAAAAGCUUGGCUUUGAAUGUUUUUGGCUCAUUGAAGGAAUUAAGUGAGAAGGUCAAGUUUGACAAAUUGCACUCGACUGUGUUGUCAUCGGUCAUCACAGCUUCUAUAUCGUUGGUUGAAUUAACUCCAGAGAUCACAGAUUGCAUCGUCAACAUCAUCAGAAACUGUCCAAACAUUGUUGUAGAGAAGUUCUUUAAUAAUCAGGCAACAAUUGAAGCGCUCAUUAUUGCUAGGGCCAAGUUCCCACUCUUGUUAUCGCCAUAUAUUAAACUAGCUUCUAUAAAUGGUGAUUUUGCAUUGCACGAGUUCAAUGAUAUGAAAUCGUAUAUUCAAGUGUACAAGAGAGACCAAUUUGAUAAGUUGUACCAAAUUGACGAUCAAAAUCCCGAGUUGGUGAAAUUAACCGAUGGUGUCAAUUUGUUUCCACCAUUUGAGUCAAAAAAGAAACUUGCAAUGGCUCUCACAAUAGGCACGCGUGCCAAGAUGUUACCUGCUGUAAAUCCAGAUGAAGUGUUGGUGACGUUUUUGCAUGAAUAUAAUGGUUGGGCUUUUGUUGGAAGAGUUCUUUACAACAUAUCAAAAGGAGUGAUUAGUAUCGAUGAAGCAAGAGAGGAGUUGAUUCUCGACAUUUUGAGAUUAAUGGCUAGUGUUCUGGCCGAUUGUGGAGAGGACGAAAUCAAAUUAAUGUUGGAGUCCAUGUCUGCGUAUAUUGACGAUUCUGAUGUAAUUGAGAUUGUGCUCCGAUUUCUUGAGCAAUCUUUGCAUGCAAGGAAUAUUGCUAUCCUGUCUACUGUGUUGAAAUUGUUGUCCAAUUUGUUACCUAUCAUCCCGAAAAGAAUAUGGCUGUACUUGGCCAAGUCUUCAUUGUUUACUCGUGAUGGUAAAGAGGGUUUAGCAUUAACUAUUUUUGGAGCUGUGGAAAUGGUUAAUGGAGAUUUUGGUUUCUCGUUAGCACUUGUUAAUUUUGCCGAUGCCUUAACCAGGGAUUGUAUUCUGUAUGGAACCAACGUUGAUAAAUUAAGAGAAGACAUGAUAUACCAAUUUACUUCUCAUCUGGUGUUUUUGUUCGAAAACUUUUCGCAUUGCCAUUUUGCUUGCGUUUAUGAUAGAUUUCAACUCGGUAGCUCAUUAUUGGAAUUGUUUACUACGAUUUUAAAAACUACGUAUGGAGUGGAAGUAGGAUGCAAGCCGGAGAAAAAACUUACAAGAGUAUUUUCUAAAGGAAGCCAAUAUUUGUUGAAUUGCUUUCUAGCGACUGAUACAAACUACACACGGACAAUUUCACCGUUAAUUAAUGUCAUCGAAUCAUGUGCGUACAAUAUCGAUUUGUUCGAGCUAACUGACACAUCUGGGGUUUUUUUUGAUAAGUGGAUUUCCCGUGCAUUUUCAUUUGCCGAAUUGGUCAUUACUUUGCGAAACAAUUUGAAGUUGACGCCACUGGCUUUGGAGAAGACACUAUUUGAGAAGGCUUCAAAUUUGGUGGCAACUUUUGCCAACAAUGGGUCCUACAGAUUGAUUUCGGUAAAUUUGCUUACUAGUUUGAUUGGUUCUAAAUGGGAGAAUGAACCAACGCCUUCAUUGUUGUCUCAUUUAGGACACUAUGAUGCACAAGUCUUGAAGCAAUCGAUAAUCUCAAGUUUAAAAAAUUCAUUGGAUGAUUAUGAUUUAAAAAUUGCCUUGAAUGAGUUUAUUUGUGCUGUGAUGGGUAGUAGACAAGAAGGUCUUAUUGUGUUGUUCAACACUGGUAAGAGUGCAUUUCCUGGGACUCAAAGUGCAAACGACUCGCUGAAUAAGGAUUCAGAAGCUUCGAAUGAGUCGGUUGUACAGAUUUUGAAAAAGAGCGUUAGAGAAAUGAAGUAUUAUCCAAAUUUUGUCAGUCUUCAUUUAAUUGACGCAAUUGCCUUGUCAUGUAACUCGUGGACGAUAGUGAAGGAAACUAAAUUUGAUGAGGAAUUUAUAAAUAUUUUGAUCGAUCGAGUGAAAACACAAAUAACUGACCCACCAAAAUCGAUUGGCAAUUUCAUAGAUAGAUGCUACGAGUUGGUAUUAGUGGCAAAGAUUGCUGAUAUUCUUGCGUUAUAUUUAUUCACUACCAAAAAUGAAAAAUGCCGCAACCAAAUCAUUGAGUUUAUCAAUUCAGAAAGCUUUCUUGAGAUAGCCAAACAUAAAUUUGAAAUCAAGCACUAUCAGCAUUCAUUACAUGAUGAAUUGGAAACUUCAUUCAAGAAUUCAUAUCCUAAUCUUGAGCUUGCGAAAUUUACGAACUCCUUGACCAAGCCAAACACCAUUGGAUUCAACUCAAUUUACAAUCUAGUGUUUAUGGACAAGCUAUUCCAUAAUCACGCUUCGUGGUUAGAUAUUAAAGAGCAACUCAUUGCAUCAAGUGUCAAUAGCCAAUACUUGAUGGCUCAAUUCACAGCCGCCAAGUCAUUUGGUACCUUGUUAACCAGUUUUUGUCGUCGAUAUCAAGGACCAUUUAACCCUGAAUUGUUGAAAUUAGUUGAUUUUUUGUUGAAGACUGAUGUCACUGAAAAUAUUCCCUCAGCAGAAUUUCGUCAAAUUUAUUUCGAUCGAAUUGAACUCGGAUUUUACAUCGUAUAUUCAUUUUUCAAUGCUGAAAAGCAAAUCAAGCAUGACGAUUCAAUAUUUGAAAUUAUUAAAAGUGCAAGUACAUUGUUAUCAUCAAGUAGUUUGAAUUUUAUUACUGAUUUGGUUGCAUCAAAGGGUACUUAUAGACCUUUAUUACGGAUCAUUUAUUGUGCAUUAAAAAUGAUUAAAGGAAAUUCAAAGACGGUUACGGGCAAUUUAAGUUUAUUUCAAGAUUUAUUUGAUGCAAUCAUAACUAAAGGAAUUAAAUCCUUAUCCGCUGAAUUACAAAACGAUGUGUAUUUACUCAAGAGAAGCAAUGAUAAGAGUUUGGCCAUGUACAAAUUCGGUGAAAAAUUUGAUGAUUUUCAACUAAUCUUGUCAAUUUUGAAGGUAUUUAUUGCGUUUAAACCAGAUGAACCUUUAUUGACACAGGGUAUAGCAUCAUCGGUGAAACAAGCAGGUAUAGUAAAGACAUUGUUAAAUGUAUACACUAUGUCAUAUUCGAUUGAUAUUGGUGAUGAAUUUGCAUUUGCACAAAUGAGCUUACUGUAUUUGUUGGAGUUGAUGGCUAUUGAUUCAGUAGCUCAAUCAAUUGUCUCAUCAGGCCUUUAUGUAACACUAUUGGAGAGUCCCAUUUCACGUCCAAUUCGUGCUGGUGGACUUUCAGUAUUGAAUGAAGCAAAAUAUUAUCGAUUAUGGAUUGAUGGAAUCUUGCCUAUUAUAAUUGCUAGUAUUUCAAAAUUGGGUGCUUCUAUCGUGCCGGAAAUUUGUGUUGCAUUGCAAUUAUUUUCUAAGCAAAUUGAACAUUGCGUCAAUAGUUGGGCUCGUGAUUCAUCAAGUUUGAAAAUCUCGAGUGGUGCAGUCUACGAAACGAAUCAGAUUUUGGUGAUUUACAAUUUACUAAAAGCGAUGAAUGUUGGUGAUUAUUUGAAUUCAACAAUGUCAGAUUACACCAACCAGGCACAUUUUGAUGACUCUAUAGCUGAGGAAGAAGAUGCUUCUGCAGUAAUUGAUAUGAGAAUCUUACCGGGAUUGGAUUCAGAAUCAAAUCGAGAUGAUUUUAUUGAUUGUAUCGAUAAUUUACUUAAACAUCCUAAAUUCUUGACAUCAAGAAUCAUUGCUAGUUCUCCUGAAGAGAAAUCAAUUAUUGAUCGAGGUGGUGAAUGGUAUGAUGUUUUUGUAAAGAGCAUUUUUGAAGAUAUUAGAGAAAUGAAGAAUAUGUUGUCAUAG